AUGGCACCGACGACUGAAGGUGGUCAACCGCGCAUCACAGCGACGUGCCUGUGCGGAGCGAUCUCGUACGCUCUUCCGGCGGAUCAACGGCUGCCGAUGGAUAGCGAUCUGUGUCACUGCUCCGAUUGCCGAUACGUGACGGGGGCCCUGUAUCUGUCGUCUCCGCAGCUACCAGAGGCUCCCCCUCAGGACGUUGUGGAACGCGGCGUCCACUACGACAGCUCGGGCACCCGUCGCAGAUGGUUUUGCGGUAAAUGCGGGUCGCACAUGUUUGUACAAGAGACUGGAGGCGAGGGGAGGAGAUGGUGGGUCAUGGGCGGCGUGCUGGAGCAGUCAGGGAGUGACUCUGGCCCGAAGAACACCACUCGAGCCACACACCACAUCUUCGUCACCGACACAGGAGAUGGUGCUCUGGCAGCGAAAAUGAUCAAGCUGGGUAAGCGGAAGAUCGAAUGUUGGGAGAAGCGUCCGUAUACCAGCAGACAAGUGAACGAGCUCGAGUUGCGGGAAAUGUCUCUGCUUGCUCAGCGAGCACCGGGGGCUGAGAACGACUCCUUGGAGGCCAAAUGUCACUGUGGAGGAGUCAACGUCCGAAUAACUCGUCCUGACUUCGAGUCGUUGAAUUUGCCGCAGAGGUAUAUCCCCGAGCAGAAGAACAAGUAUGUCGCGGGCCUUUGUGCCUGUCGUUCAUGCAGGUUGGCCAUUGGAGUCUCUUUCCAGCCGUGGGUGUUCAUUCCCCCGGCCAACAUAUUCCUUGCCGACACCGGGACAACGGUGAAGUUUGGUGCGGAGGGCGACCAGGAAGGCUCAAAUGGGGCGACCACUUUGAGACAUAUCUGGUCCAGCACGGAUACUUGCAGGAGCUUCUGUGGGAGAUGUGGUGCAACCGUAUUCUAUUGGCACAACAAACGACCAGAAGUCGUAGAUGUCUCAGUAGGCGUCCUGAGAAGUCAGGAUGGAGCGAUGGCGAAGAGCUGGUUGUCAUGGAGAAAGGAAGGGCCCAGCUGGAAGGAAGACUGCAUCGAUGAAGAGAUCCUGAAGGCGAUAUUCCAGCCUUAGCAUUAUCCAC